AUGGACAUCUUACUUCGUGAAAGCUCGUUCGGCCGGUUACUGAAUUUUGCCUCGAAUGGCCAGAUAUUUCCACAUCGUGAUCUUAAUAUUCCAAAGCAUGAAGAAACUACCAGUUCAAGCUCCUCUUGCCCUGAAGCCCCUCGCCACGUAUUGAUCGAUUUCAGCGGGCCCAACGAUCCGGAUAUGCCCAGAAAUUGGCCCACGUUAGCCAAGACAGUCGUGAUGGUGGAUGUUAUGCUGCUAAACUUCAGCUUCUAUGCGGCGUCGGCAAUCUUCACACCAAGCAUUCCGCGGAUUGAAGAGGUCUUUGGCGCUACCACUGCGGAGGGUACGCUGGGACUCUCGCUUUUUGUUAUUGCAUAUGGCAUUGGGCCACUCAUUCUUUCACCAUUAUCAAACCUGCCCUCUAUCGGACGUACACCAGUCUAUGUCCUCGGUUCUCUUGCAUUUUGUUUGUUUAACAUAGGCACUGCGCUAGCGAAGAACCUGCAUACUAUCCUUAUAUUGAGAUUCUUUGGGGGCUUCAUUGGGAGUGCGCCGAUUAGUGUAGGCGGUGCUACGCUGAUGGAGGUAUAUGGACCCACCGAGAUUCCGUAUGCCAUUGCAUUGUACGCAGUCAGCGGAGUUUGUGGGCCGAUUUUAGGACCGAUCCUCGGGACACUGGUAAUAGAGCGUUGGAAGACAUGGACUGCAACUCUAUGGCUUCUUUCCGGAGUCACAGCUUUCACUACCGUGUUUAUUUUCUUCUUGUUACCUGAGACGUUGUAUUCGAAUAUCCUUCUUCGUCGAGCACAACGGCUCCGUGACCAGACAGGGAAUCCGGCUUACCAAAGCCAAGCGGACAUCGACACCCCGCAGUCUAACCUUGCGAUACGCAUAGUGAAGCAAACGAUGGAUGAUUUCAAGCUAUCUUGCAUGGAUCCGGUCAUCCUAUUUGUUAAUAUGCACACUAUGUUGAUAUACGGGGUACUCUACUUGUGGUUUGAAUUUUUCCCAUUCGUUUUUGACGGAAUCUACCACUUCACCGCAAUUCAACAAGGCCUUGCAUUCUUCGGUAUCCUUGUCGGCGCAGUCGUGUCUGUCAUUACAUACGUGCUGUGGUUAUAUUUCUCUUACCAGCCACGAGUUGCGAAACCAGAAGCCAUCGUUGAGCCCGAAGCCCGCCUUGUCCCCGGACAGGUUGGGGCCAUCUGUAUCCCAGUUUGUCUCUUCAUGUUUGCAUGGACCUCUCGUGAAAGCGUACACUGGAUCGUCCCUAUCGUCGGUACAGCCUUCUUCGCACCGGGAUUCUACCUGACCUUCCAAUCUAUCCUUAACUAUCUAGGAGAGUCUUACCCACGAUAUGUGGCAAGUGUAUUCGCCGGCAACACAUUCUUCCGAAGCUCAUUCGGCGGAGCGUUACCUUUAGCCGCCCCAAGGAUGUUGCAGUCACUGGGUAUUGGGUGGGCGUCGAGUACGCUAGGAUUCAUAUCCAUAGCUAUGGUUCCUCUGCCAUUUAUCUUGGAACGCUACGGCAAAAGACUCCGCUCAUGGAGCAAGUAUGCGAACUAG